AUGGCUGCACCAAGCAAAAGUCGGCUCAGUGUCCUAAUCAUCAAUCCAAAUACAUCCACGCACAUGACGGAUGCAUUGAAACCUAUAGUGGACAACCUCGGGUUUGCAGAUGUUCAAUUUGACUACUUGACGGCUCCGAAUGAGUCAGUCACCCUUGAAGAUGGGCGUGUAAUAGAUGGCGUGCCGAGUAUCAACUCAGGCGAGGACUCUGCUACAUCGGCAUUGCACUGCAGACCCUUUGUGGAGCCUCUUAUUCCCAAAUACGAUGGGUUUCUCGUGGCAUGUUAUUCGGCUCAUCCCCUCGUUGGAAUGCUGAAGGAAGCCAUCACGAAAUUCGAAAGUUCGGCCCUGUCAGGGGACUCGAAACCAAAGAGGAAGUACGUUACGGGUAUCUUCGAAGCGAGUGUUCUCAUGUCGCUGUCCUUGGUUGGCUCGUUUCACAUGGUUGCAGGCCCGGGGCUGCACAAAACGCAAUCCAAGGAAAUGUUCGGAAUUAUUUCUACGGGCAGCAUCUGGCGGGAUGAGCUAAGCCGUGCUGUUGAAGCAUUCCUUGUGAAUUCUGAUGAUAAUACAACGUCGACAAAUCGUUUUGCUGGUGUAGAGACGACCGGUCUAACCGCCGUUGAACUGCAUACCACGCCAGCCGAGGAAGUGAGGAGGAGGAUCAGCGAGGCGACGCGAAGGCUUAUCCAGACCGCUCCACACCCGCUCACGGCAAUCUGCAUGGGAUGUGCUGGUAUGGCUGGUAUGGAAGAAGCAGUCAGGGAUGGCUGUGUUGAAGCUUAUGGUCGGGAAGAAGGAAAUCGUGUGAGGAUCGUUGACGGUGUGGUUGCCGGUGCCGGGAUGCUUGUUACGGCUUUGGUCAAGCACGAAGAUGCCCAGCGACCGUUACUAACGAGGAGAGUAGAGAAAUUAUCACAAUUCAGGCCGGCCAAUGUGGCAACAAUGGUAUGGAAUCCCGCGAUAACACCCCAGGCCACGGAACACCGUCAUAACUUCGGCAGCCAAUUCUGGCAACAGCUUUGCCAGGAGCACGGAAUAAGUCAGGAUGGGAACCUGGAGGAGUUUGCUACCGAGGGCGGUGAUCGCAAGGAUGUCUUCUUCUACCAGAGUGAUGAUACCCGGUAUAUUCCCCGAGCGAUCUUGCUGGACCUGGAACCCAGAGUCCUCAAUACGAUUCAAACCGGCCCCUAUCGCAACAUCUACAAUCCUGAGAACUUCUUCGUGGGGCAGCAGGGUGUUGGCGCAGGUAAUAACUGGGGUGCUGGGUAUUCGGCGGGUGAGAGUGUGCAAGAGGAUAUCUUCGACAUGAUUGACCGCGAGGCCGAUGGUAGUGACUCGCUAGAGGGAUUCAUGUUUCUGCAUUCUAUUGCAGGAGGCACCGGGUCUGGAAUGGGAAGUUUCAUCUUGGAACGGAUGAACGAUCGAUUUCCUAAGAAGCUGAUUCAAACAUACUCCGUCUUUCCCGAUACUCAAGCGGCAGAUGUUGUGGUCAACCCGUACAAUAGUAUACUUGCCAUGAGGAGGUUGACACAGAACGCUGACUCUGUGGUGGUUCUGGAUAACGGAGCUCUUUCAAGGAUCGUUGCCGACAGACUUCAUGUGCUGCAACCUUCGCUCCAGCAAACGAAUCAGCUUGUCUCAACUGUUAUGUCUGCAUCCACUACCACCCUCCGUUAUCCUGGUUACAUGCACAAUGACCUUGUCGGGAUCGUCGCUUCUCUUAUCCCUACGCCACGUAGUCACUUCUUGAUCACCUCCUACACGCCAUUUACUGGUGACAAUAUUGAACAAGCCAAGACGGUCCGCAAGACGACCGUGCUGGACGUGAUGCGUCGUUUGCUGCAACCCAAGAACCGCAUGGUUUCAAUCAACCCCAGUAAAUCCAGUUGCUAUAUUAGUAUCCUCAACAUUAUCCAGGGUGAAGCCGAUCCCACCGACGUGCACAAGUCCUUGCUCCGUAUCCGCGAGCGGCGACUGGCAUCUUUCAUUCCUUGGGGCCCAGCUAGUAUCCAGGUCGCACUGACGAAAAAGUCACCGUACAUCCAGAACACCCACCGUGUCAGCGGACUGAUGCUGGCGAACCACACAUCGGUGGCAACGUUGUUCAAGCGGAUCGUCCAACAGUACGAUCGACUGCGGAAGCGAAACGCUUUCAUCGAACAGUAUCGGAAAGAGGCCCCAUUCAGCGAUGGAUAUGGGGAGUUUGAUGAGGCCAGGGCUGUGGUCAUGGACCUCAUUGGAGAGUACGAGGCGGCGGAGAAGGAGACCUACCUUGACCCAGAUUCCGGGAAAGAGAAGGAGAUGGGGGUAUAA